GUCGCGUUCGUCAGUCCUAGUUGAUACUCCGAUCGGUCCACUUCGGCUUCGCGUUCGUUUUGCUGCGGUGCCGUCCGUCCGGCGGCGAGUUUUGCUUACAGUGCUUCUCCGCACACAAUCAAAGUAGGCGCGCGCGUGUACGUCCUUGUGAGAUCGCUAUCGCGCGUUUGGCUGUAUUAGUGUGUGCGGCGCGAGGGUGUUUUUGUUGGCGAGGGAUGACAGGAUGAAGGGAUAGGGACCCCUCGACGUCAGGCUUUGCGCCGCACGGAAUGUCGGCCCGACACAAUGACAAGAGUGUGUAGUUUUUGCACACCCGGCGGCACCUUGCGUGGGUGUGUGUAGUGUGCGUGUUUGUGCACAUGUGUGUUCGCACACAGCAGGCUGUGCACAGCAGUGUGUGCGUGUGAUCUGGCUAGAAGAUCCUUAGAAGGAAGAAAAUUUGAAAUGAGAGAAAUUCAAUUGAUGCAAGUGGAUUGGGCGAAAUUGUUUUGAAUAAAAGAAAGUACGAGCUUUCGAGAAAAGAAUUCUGUCAAUUUUAUUGAAAACCCGUCAAGAAGAAAGUUUUUAAAUUCCCGUCGAAGACGACACACACCAAUACCAACGUUGUGUCGUCGUGUCGUGUCGAGGAGGAAAACAAAAAUCAAUAACUCGGAUGUUUUGGUCGGCUUCGUGUCUCCGCAAGGAGGAAAACCUUUGAGUAGUGUUUUUGACAACAGCUGAAGAAGGUGUGUUCGAAAUUUACCGUGUACCGAUUUUAACAAAAAUAAAAUCGCAGUAAGCGUUGAGUAACGAGAAGAUUGUGGCCCUCUUGGAUAAUUUGUGAAUUUUCAAAUUUGGGAAAAAGGUUCAAACGAGAGUGAAAUUGUUAAAUUUUUACGUCAGCGCUGUUAAGAAAAAGAAGAAGCUGCAAUUAAGGUGAAAUAAUUGCCGUUUGAAUCGACGAAAAGAAGCGGAGAAAAAGUAUUCACCGAGCCCCAACCCCUAUGAUUUAUGGCCCAAAGUUGAUUAAAUCAGUUGAACGGCCCCUUCUACGCUCAAUCGAAGUGAAUUGAGGAAGAAACAAGUGAGUGUGGUGAGUGUAUGUGAAUGUUUGGCGAUAUCUCACGUGAAACGUGAGCAAAGUGAAGUUAUCUACCGUAACGAGAAGAAGAGAGCCAGCUGAAAAUAAAACGGUUCACUUUUUAUUGUGUGUUUUUCAAAACGUCAGCAACCUUUUGCCGAAAAAACCGCAACAACGUUAAAAAUCGCAGCAACCCAACAACACUUGAAAGGUUGCGCGCGGCUGAGUUCGGGACAACAAUUGGAUUACCCAAAAAGGGAGCUGUAGCAGCAGCAGGCCGGGAACGAGUUUGAAGGUGUUCGGAGGAACGGGUUGCUACGAGAGAAACAAAAGUUGUUCAACAUUGAAACAGAAACUGCCAGCACUGACCCCACCGACAGCAAAAAACAUGGAAUAAUUCGUGACAAUCGUGGAACCACCCUAACGGCAGCUUAAAUGUCGAACCAAGACCCGGUACCACCCUAGUGUCCCCACCCGCAAAAGUGUGAGUGUGUUCUUGUUCAGGAAAAAAGGGAGUUUCGGUGAGAUAGCCCUUCGAAGAAAAAGUGUGUUGCCAAAAAGUUAGUUUUAGAAAAUUAGAAAAAAAAAUAAGUGAAGCAGUGUAAAAAGUAAUCCGGAUGGAUACGAUGGUGUUCGACGACGAGCCGCCACCCGAACCGCGGGACGGGUGGCUCCUGGUGCGCAUCUACGUGCCCGAGCUGAACGUGUACAAGUGCUUGCAGUUCCCGUCCGAUAAGGUCGUCUGGGACGUCAAGCAGCAGUGUCUGGCGUCGCUGCCAAAGGAAUUGAAGGAGAGCUUCAACUAUGGACUGUUUUGUCCGCCGUCCAACGGGAAAGCUGGCAAGUUCCUGGACGAGGAACGGCGGUUAGGGGACUAUCCGUUCAACGGACCCGUCGGGUAUUUGGAGCUCAAGUACAAACGGCGCGUGUACAAGAUGCUGAACCUGGACGAGCGCCAGCUGAAGGCGCUGCACACCCGGGCCAACCUGCGGCGCUUCCUGGAGUGCAUCAACGGGGGCCAGGUGGAGAAGGUGGCCAAGAUGUGCGCCAAGGGCCUCGACCCGAACUUCCACUGCCAGGAGACGGGCGAGACGCCGCUCACGAUCGCCACCGGGACGAAGAAGCCGAACAAGCUGCUGAUCGCGCUGGUCAACGGCGGGGCGCUGCUCGACUACCGGACACGGGACGGGGCGACCGCGCUGCACCGGGCCGUCGAGCGGGACAGUCUGGAGGCGGUCAGCACCCUCCUGGAGCUGGGCGCCUCCCCCAACUACCGGGACACGAAGGGCCUGACGCCGGUCUACCUGUCGGUGACGCGCAAAACCGAACCCAAGAUCUGCGAGGCGCUGCUGCACGACCACGCCACGCUCGGCAUCCAAGACAGCCAGGGCUGGCAGGAGGUGCACCAGGCUUGUCGGAACGGGUUAGUGCAUCACCUAGAGCACUUGCUGUUCUACGGUGCGGAUAUGGAUGGGCAGAACGCUUCCGGCAAUACGCCGCUGCAUGUUUGCGCUGUUAACAAUCAGGAGGCUUGCGCUAGAAUGCUUCUCUUUCGCGGUGCCAACCGGGGCGCACUAAACUAUGCCAAUCAGACACCGUACCAGGUAGUAUUCCUUUCCUUCAUUCUUAUUUAUUUAUUUAUUUUUAUGUUAUUAGUUUUAAAUCACCAACCACCAGUGUUUUAUUUGUCUUUUAUUUUCCCCCAUCCUAAGUUUCACACAUUUUCCACUUCAUUUGUCGUGAAAACAAUGCAAUUGUUAGGUUGUCUCAGCAAAUUUUGCGCUCCCCUCCACUUGCAGCGAAUGUGUCACACUUUUUUGCAAUUUUUUGCCAUCUAGUCGGGGUAAAGUUAC